CAGAUGGACUUGAUUGUUUGGUUACUGAUUAAAGGAGAUGUUAUAACACUGAAUGAUAAAGCCUUACCUGCGAGCAAAGUGCCAGAGUCCUCCAUCCGUUCUGAGGGACACGGUCAACAGCGCAGGGCAUCAUGAGCGUGGAAAAGAAGACGACAGGAGAGCCAUGCUGCUCCAAAUUCAAGAUGUUUUUGGCUGCCAUAUCUUUCGUGUAUUUUGCCAAAGCAUUUCAGGGCAGCUACAUGAAAAGCUCUGUCACACAGAUUGAGAGACGUUUUGACAUUCCCAGCUCGCUGAUCGGAUUCAUUGAUGGAAGUUUUGAAAUCGGUAAUCUGCUUGUAAUAGCACUUGUCAGUUACUUUGGUGCUAAGCUUCACAGACCACGACUCAUUGGAGCUGGAUGUUUAAUCAUGGCCAUGGGAUCCUUCAUAACCGCGUCACCACAUUUCUUCCAAGGACCGUACAAAUACGAAACAACAGUGUCACAUUUAUCUGCCUCUAACGGUACAGAGAGCAUGCUACCAUGUUUAACCAACGGGAGUCUUGCACAAGAUGAAAUUCCCACAGUGGAAAUUCAAGAAGAAUGUAAGAGAGCAGCCAGUUCCUCCUUGUGGGUAUAUGUGUUUCUGGGGAACAUGCUUCGUGGGGUAGGAGAGACACCCGUCGUACCUCUUGGGUUGUCUUAUCUGGAUGAUUUUUCGAGGGAGGAAAACACUGCUCUUUACAUGGCUGUCGUGCAGACUGUGGGAAUAAUGGGGCCCAUGUUUGGAUUCAUGUUAGGAUCUUUCUGUGCCAAGCUCUACGUGGACAUAGGAGCAGUAGACUUAGAUACCAUCGCCAUCAACCACAAAGACUCACGCUGGGUUGGUGCCUGGUGGUUGGGCUUUUUGAUAACUGGGGGAGUGAUGUUACUGGCUGGAAUUCCCUUUUGGUUCCUUCCCAAAUCUCUUCCUAAGCAGGUUGAGACUGAAACCGAGACAAAAUCAAAUGAGGGCGAGCAGGACCGUUUCAUUCCUGACAACAACAAACAGAGUGAUGUUCCAGACAAAGCAGCUCCAGUUUCCAUGGCAGUUCUGGCUACAGGUUUUCUGCCAUCCCUGAAAAAACUCUUCAGCAACACGAUUUACAUACUUCUUUUAUGCACUGCAUUUGUGCAAGUCAAUGGUUUUAUUGGAAUGAUCACAUUUAAGCCAAAGUUUAUGGAGCAAACCUAUGGCCAAUCAGCAUCAAAGGCUAUAUUUUUGAUAGGCACUAUGAAUCUACCAGCUGUGGCUUUGGGAAUUGUCGCCGGUGGGUUUAUAAUGAAGAGGUUCAAACUGAAUAUUCUCGGAGCCACCAAGAUCUGCAUUGGAUCAUCUGUUCUGGCUUUCUGCACGCUUCUCAUUCAGUAUUUCCUGCAGUGUGACAACACACAAGUGCCUGGACUUACAGUGUCAUAUCAAGGACUUCCGCAGGUUUCCUAUCAACUGAAUACGCUCAUGUCUCCAUGUAACAUGGGUUGCUCCUGCUCUCUCAAGCACUGGGAUCCCAUAUGUGCCAGCAAUGGUUUGACCUAUGCCUCCCCCUGCCUCGCUGGCUGCCAAAGCUCCACUGGUGACGGCAAGGAUAUGGUAUUCCACAACUGCUCCUGUGUUGGAGAUUCGCCUCUUCCGUAUGCAAACAUGUCAGCAGUGCUGGGCCAGUGUCCUCGAAAGAGUGAUUGUGACUCCAUGUUUAAGCUCUACAUGGCGGUGACAGUCAUUGGUGCCUUUCUCUCAGCUUGUGGGGCCACACCUGGCUACAUUAUUGUGCUCAGAUCCAUAAAUCCAGAACUGAAGUCUUUUGCUCUUGGUAUUUAUACUUUGGUUGUUCGGACUCUGGGUGGCAUUCCCCCUGCAAUUUACUUUGGAGCCUUGAUUGACAGGACCUGUCUGAAAUGGGGCACAAAACAAUGCGGAGGGAGAGGAGCGUGUCGUAUUUAUGAUUCUGGUGCCUUCAGAAACGCUUUCUUGGGUCUUAUUUAUGGCCUGUAUUCCUUAUCCUACAUAUUGUGGGGAGUCGUGUACGUUAAACUGUCUCAUCGCGAAAAGAAGCUUGCGCUAAUGAACCAAUUAAAAGCUCCAGAACAGGAUGGCAAUGGUGUUUCUGCUGGCAAUGGGAAUGUAUCUUCAGCUAUUGUAAAAUGCAGCGAAAACCCAGACCAGGAGACCACUAUCUGAAAUUAUACCUCCGAUAUUGCACCAAAAAGUGUUAAAGGAGAUUUCCAUAUCAAUGUAAAUGUUUUGGCCGUGGAAUUGUGUUGAUUUGUACAUUUAUUGAUUAGAUGCUGUUAUUUUCUGGAUCUAAUAUAUUUGUAUUUGCUAUUUUUUACACAUUUAAAGAACAGCAUUUAAGCAGUUACAGAACUAGAAAGUCAUGUAUUGUACUUAAAUAAAACAUGCCUAUGUGUGGAUUAUGUGGUUUAUGAGACCAGAACAUUGUUACAAAGAAUUAUCUGUUAUUUUUUCAGGACAUUGUAAGCUCACUGUCUUAUAGGAGUUCCGUGUCAUGUCAUGAAGAUAUACAUUGAGGUUACAAUAUGUUUGUGUGUGUGUGUGUGUGUGUGUGUGUUGUUUUGUAAAACCUAGUGAAUUUCUGGAUGGAACUGUAUGCAACUGAAAUGGAUAGCAUGUAAAGUACAUUGGAGCGCUUGCCAACAUGACUUAUGACCUGUGAUUGUGUACUUUAUAAAACUUUAAACCACUCAUGAAUUUAAAUAAUAGUAAAAACAUUCCUUUUAAUAAGAAUAUCAGGCAGUUUGCAUCAAUACACCAUUACCUUUUUAUACAAUUUAAGCAUUUGUUUUUAGGAAUAUUUGUUGAAAUAAAACAACAACAACAACAAAAAA